GAGUGAACUUCGUGUAAAAUGCGGAAGUGAGAACUGUUCUUCUUCUCCAGUGUGUGCUCUCUCUUUCUGGGGGAGAACAGCGGCACAGACUCGUGUGUUUUUGCACAUACCUCAUCCCUACUGUUUCUACUCGGGUGUUUGGAGUCAAGGGGGCUCACAAUGCGUCGGGGUUCCAAGUCCAAGUCGCUGGAGCACCAGGGAAGCCUCCUCUUGAGCGAGCAGGAGAACGAGCGUGUCAUCGACCUGCUCGGCCGCAGGUGUGUCACUCUGGCCACUGCAGUGGCUCAGCUCUACAUGGCUUUGCCUCAUAGCCCCUCCCACUGGACCCUGCAGUGCACAGGGGCCCUGUGCUUUGUCAAGGACAACCCCCAGCGUUCCUACUUCAUCCGGUUAUAUGACAUAAAGGAGGGGAAGCAGACCUGGGAACAGGAGCUGUACAGUCAGAUGGAGUACCACUCCCCGGCAGCCUACUUCCACACCUUCGCCGCUGACGAUUGUCAGGUCGGGCUGAAUUUUGCAAGUGAAGAGGAAGCAGAAUCUUUCCGAGACAUUUUGGAGGAGAAAAUCAACCAGAGAGUCAGUCGCCAAGAGAAAAGGCAUCUUCCACCAGUUCCCUCCAGUGGUAGAGAUGGGCUGCCACCUCUGCCUCCACCAAAUGGGCCCGCUAGGUCCUCUCCCUCAUUUUCAACAAUGGACAUCCAGAACGCUGAUGUCCAGGCGUCCCGCUACCGCUCUGCCCCUGCCCCCGCCCCCGCCCCCAUCCCUGCCCCUGCCUCUUUUUCCCUCCGAUCUACCGGCAAGGGCAAGAAAGAGAAGAAGAGCAAGAAGAAGGGACCCAAACUGAGCAAGGCUGACAUUGGAGCCCCCAGCGGCUUCACCCAUGUGACCCACGUUGGAUGGGACCCCAAUAACUUGGACCCGGACCUGAAGAAGUUGCUUACCCGCGCAGGGAUCAGUGAGGCCGAGCUGAACGACAACGAGACCUCACAGCUCAUCUACGACGUCAUCGAAAAGUCUGGCGGGAUGGAGGCUGUCAAAGAGGAGAUGAGGAGACAGGGUUCCCCACCCCCUCCUCCACCCCCUGGCCGGCAAGGACCCCUCCCCCCUCCCCCCUGUAGCUCUGCCCCUGCCCCUCCUCCUCCACGAGGUCGCUCAGGGCCCCUCCCUCCAAUUCCGGGGCAACCUCAGCAUGGGGGACGCCCCUCACGGAGCCCUGUACCCCCCACAAACCGGGGUGCCCUCCCACCCCCGCCCCCCAGCGGGAGGAGUGGGCCCCCACCCCCUCCCCCUCCUUCUGCUCACCACGCACCCCCACCCCCGCCGCCCAGCCAGCAGCGAUCCCCGUGCCCUCCCCCUCCACCUAUUGCUGCCAUGUCCAUGGGAGGUGGGGCUGGAGGCCCCGCCCCUCCACCUCCCCCUCCCCCCCCUCCUCCUCUCACCCCGGCCCCCAUGGCUGCUCCGCCCCCCAUGGCUGCUCCGACCUCCCGGAGUGGUGGCCCACCCCCCACACCCCCGGCACCCAGUGGAGGGGGUAGAGGGGGCCUCUUGGACCAGAUUCGCCUGGGAAAGAAGCUAAAAAAUGUGUCGGAAUGCAGAGAUAUGGCCUCACCCCCUCCAGACGAGUCAGGGGAGGGCAUCGUCGGCGCGCUAAUGAUGGUCAUGCAGAAGAGAAGCAAAGUCAUCCACUCCUCUGAUGAAGGAGAUGACUUUGGAGGAGAGGAUGAUGAUGAUGAUGAAUGGGAUGACUGAAAACACAAAUUGAAUUUAUCUCCACGUCCCCUUGGCUAGCUCCUCUGUAUAUUAAGAAAGUGUGAUGGAGGGACCACUCUAGGGAAGAAAUGUAAUGUGUAAUCAUGCUGCCAGCCAGGGGUGCUAUAUGUGUCAGUUCAUGAGGGGGCUGAAAAGCCCCCAAACCCUCACAGGACAAAACUUGAGUUUAAAUUCAGAAGUGGAAUUUAAGCGUCUAAUUACUGUGAAAACGGUUGUGCUUUUUUAAACGAAACUUAUGCUCUUUAUAAAUAUGCUGAUAAAAUGAAAAAAUUAAUUUGCAACAAUUCGUAUAGCAAAUGUUCUAAAUGUAUACGAGUCUUAACCUCAAAAGAGAUGGAUAUCAAGUCUGGCAUUUCCUUCACCAUGGUGGGGAGAAAAGAAUUGUCUACAUCAAAACAAAGAGGGGACUUUUAAGCACUCCAUCUUCUGCUAUCAACGAGGUGGAGCUUGCGGGUGCAAUGUGGACUAAGUAACCUGUUUGCUCUGAACUAUCCAUUCCUGGGUCACAGAUCUGUCUGUGCUCAUGUGUCUGCUCUCAGUAUGUGUUUUAAAGAGAAAUCCCACAUGCCAUUUGUGAUCCUUCUACUGUUGUGUGCAUAAUAAAACAUACGUUUCACUUAUUUGAUGGUGAACAAAGAA